GUCAAGGCCAAGAUGCCCAGCCUACCGUUCGGGAAGGAGAUGAAGCUUCCCAACCGCCCACGCGAGAUGGCGAUACCUCGGUUGCGCGAGCCGCUUGAGUACGAUGGCGGCUCGGACUCGACCGCUGAUAAGCGCACAAACCUACCAUGCAAUGGUGUGCACAGCGCCGCGAGGACGGCGUCGGGCAGUGCCGGCAAACUUCGAGACCUUUUGGUGUUUGUUGCCCCUCCGUUGCACGCCUUCGAACCCGCCCUCGGGCCGUCUGCAAGAUGCUGCGCCGGUGUUGAGGCAAGGAAUCAUCGGCGUCGCCUGUUGUCUGGAAUUUCCGGCUGAACGGUCUGGCCGCCGGGCGGUACCUGUUGGCUCGCUGGGCUCUCCUGGCACGGGGCUGGUGGACACCAGUGACAGACCAGACACGCCCUGGUCCCCGCACCUUCUGGUUUGCGAAAGAGGCGAUUCGGCGGCGGCGGCGAAUCCUACGUGCCUACCCAGCCCUCAGCUGCUCGAUCCCGACAAACAGCGAAGCUCGGUGGGGCGAGCGAAGCUUCCCACGCCCACCUCGGCGCCGCUUGGCGGACAACGGAGCCGGACCGCGCCAAGCACUCUCGGCGGCAUUCAAGACAUAACACGGCCUAUCGAACCAGUCGGAUUUCGAUUGCGAGCUUGCCAAGGGGCUGGGCAUGGUUGCUUUAGGAAGUUCUCCGUGUGGAUGGCAAAUCCUUGCCAGCCUCGAACCAGCUUCUCCAGACCCAAAGUGCAACCGCCAAACCUCGAGCCGUUGCAGGCUGCGUCCUGGCACCCCUAGCCAAGUACAGAGCCAAGCGGCAGUUCCGCGUCGG